GCAACAUACACCCUCGCCAUCCUCAUCACAGGCCGCGGCGACGCCCCUCCGCACCGCUCCCACUGGUCCUUCACCCUCUUCCCCUCGCUUCCUCCCUCCCCGCCAACCCUCCAUCUCGCCACCCUCUUGGAAGUAACCCCCCUCUCCCUCACUCCCCUCAUCUACACCUUCUCCAAACGCACGGGCGCAGACAUACUCCCUUUAGUGUCGGAGGGCUACGUCGUCCUCACUUGCUGCCUUACGCGCGAGGAAGCGAAGAAGGCGGAAGGCGUGAUUGAGAAGGAGAAAGCGCCGAGGAACGGGACGGAUCGGUGUCAGGAGUGGGUGGUUGAUUGUGUGGUUGGGUUGGAGGUGGAGGGGUUGGUUGCCGAUGGGGUGAGUGCGUUAGUGGGGAGCUGUGUAGGGAAGACGAGUGAGGAGGUGGAAAGGGAUGUGGGGUGGAGAUGGGUGGGGAGGGAGAGG